AUUGUCGACGAGAAAAGAGAAUAUCCAUCCAAGAUGGGUAAGAUCAUGAAACCAGGGAAGGUGGUACUGGUCCUCAGUGGCCGGUACGCUGGCCGCAAGGCUACCGUAGUUAAAAACUACGAUGAAGGCACAUCAGACAAACCCUAUGGACACGCUUUUGUCGCCGGCAUCGACAGGUAUCCCCGCAAAGUACACAAGAGGAUGGGUAAAAACAAAAUCCACAAGCGCUCCAAAAUAAAGCCUUUUGUGAAGCUUGUGAACUACAACCACUUGAUGCCAACCCGUUUCUCAGUGGACUUCAGCUUUGCGAAAUUCAGUGCAAAAGACCUAAAAGACCCUGCCAAGCGUAAGAAGUUGCGUUUCAACACACGUGUCCAAUUUGAAGAGAGAUACAAGAGUGGAAAGAACAAGUGGUUCUUCCGUAAGCUUAGGUUCUAAGGUGUAAUUUUAAAAUAAACAUUACUGUUGUAAUGU